GUGGUUAAGUUUCCUCCCAGGGUGCGUUGCCGAGCGGUUGGCCUGCCCAGCCGCUGACGCUUCCUCCCGCGGCGGCCUCGGCCGAGAGCCGGGCCUGUACCGUCUGCGGGCCGAGUCCCGCCUGCAGCGCGGGCCUGCCCUGCGGAAGGCCGGGCGGGUUGGCCUCGGCGGAAUCCGCCUGUGUCGAGAGCUCAGCCGCGCGGUUUUCCUCCUUGUUGCGUGGUGCCGCUUGCUGAAAAUAGUGCCGGACGAACGUCUCUCAGAAGCGUUCGUCUUAGGGAAGCAAAGAAACGGUUCUUGAGCUGCUAGUCGGGGGUCACGGUGUCAGCUGAGGACGUCGCUCCGAGACUCUAAAAUAAGGACGAAAGUAUCCACCCUUAAUGGCAAAUAGAUGAUAGGAGAAACAUGCAAAUACACUGUCAAUUUGACGUGCGGCCUCUAAAAAUACCUGUUCAAUUAGCUCAAACAGUUUCUUUUGGGUCUUGACAAGAGCUUGAAUCUACCUCGAGGUGAAAGCUCCCAAGGGCAGGCUUCUUGAUUUCAUUGCCUGUCUGCAGAGCCUUUAGCAGUGUGUUGCUGUUGCAUUAAGUGGGCGUUACAAUUUGUUGUGUCUCUGUGUAAAGGAAGAAAACGGUGGCAUAUUUCAGAGGAAACAGUGAAAAUACAGAGCACAACCUUCCAGUGAGGUAAACUAGUGAAGUUAGUAGGAUAAGGGCAAUGUGUGCCAACAAAAUCCCAUUAUAUUUCCUCUACAGCUUGGGAACCCUGAAGUGCCCUUCAGUAAGGGCUACUUAGUGAAAAAAACCCUUCAAUAACAGCAACAAUUCCAGUUGUCUCUGCUUGAGUUUCAGAUACAACCAUUGUGUUCUAAUGUCUUAGCAGGUUCAGCAAGUGCUUCUGGAUUGGCAUUUGGUAGCUAUAAAUCUGGCAAGAACAUAGGAUUGUAGAGAAGAGGCUUUUAGUGAACUCUCUGAAGCUUUGUGACGUGCAAAGUAUAUGCAAGCAUUUGCAAAAAAGUAUAGUCAACUUAAUGCUGUGUGCCAGUUCGUUAUUUGCUCUUGACGUUGGAUCAUAUAAUUGUAGAAUAAUUAAGCUUGGAAGGGACCUCUGGAGGUCAUCUAGUUCAACUCCCUGCUUAAAGCAGUGCUGUCAUUGGAGUUAUAGGAGGUUGCUCCAGGCCUGGUGUGGUUGAGCUUUCUCUUGAAGGUUUUAAAAUGGAAUUGAAAGUUAGGUCUGAAAUUAAGCCAAAUUUGGAGCUAGGUGCCCCAGACUUUGGAAAGUUACAGAAUUUUAAGGAGUCUGAAUGAAGCAUACUCUUCCUUGGUUAAUUGGAAAUUGUGUUUCCUUUCCAUUUUUGUUGUCAUGAUUCUGGUUCUCCAAGUAUGCAACAGCCUUCAAUGUGCACAAUAUAGAGAUUUUUGGAAGAUAAAAAGCAAGCAGAAAAGUAUAUUGCCCCACAGCACACAGAUUUUCUGUUAGAAGAUAGAAAACUGAAAUAUUUUUAAAGUAACAUUUCUCUGUACAUUAACAAAAUCAAAAAGGCUGAUAAACCAGUUUAGAUUUGAAAGGUUCUUAAUAUUUCCCUGCGUAAUGACUUAUUUAAAGGCUAAAGUACUGAGCCCUGCAUUCAUAGAGGUGCAGUGUAAUCAGCUUUAUUUCUGUGUUUUUAACAACAUGAAGUUCUUCCUGUGCAAAACCUAGGUCUUGCGUUGUACUUGCCCACUAAAUGAAUUAAACUUAUUCACUCAGUGAAUCAAGGUUGAUGGAAUGAAGGUAGCUGAUGUUACCCUUUAUCUAUCUUAAUCCAUUCUUGUGGUGUCACAGUGUUUCUUAGCCUGUGAAGUCACUCUUUGAAGAAAUCCCAGCAUUAUUAUUUGCACUGCUCAGUGUCUAUAGGUCCCAGGUAAAACAUAGUUUACAGAAGAGUCUUAAAUAUGGUGAAAACUUCUUGGAGAAGCUUAUCCUCUAAGUAGGCAAGAAAGAUGAAGAGUGAAGGAGAAAAAGACAGUAAGAUAAAUGGAACUACCUGUGCUGUUGUACCUUUAUGAUGUGUCUUCUAAGUGUCAUCUGUGUUUUUCUUAAGUAGUCAAGUUAAAAAUAUACUGACAUCUUUCCAGGGGAAAAAAUACAGAAACUAGAUGGUUAUAUUAGUUGUGGGAUUGAACUUUUCACCUGCUAAUGCAAAUAAUUAAUUUCAGCCGACACUGAUGGCCCUGCUGACGCUGUAGAUAAAAGCACAACCUCAGCAGAUGCAGUUGUCAGUGUCCUAAGGACUCCAGAGAAGAAUCUGUCAGGACCCACAGCAAAACAGCUCCACAAAAAGAGGCACCUUCAGAACAAAGAUGAACAUUGGGAAAGCUUACAGUGCCUUUAACAACAGCAAUGGAACAGAUCUAGCUAUUGGCUUUACCUCCUCCACAGUAGCUGUCCUUCUAUUUGGGACAAACUUUGUGCCUGUUAAGAAAUUUGAUACUGGCGAUGGCAUGUUCUUCCAGUGGAUUCUCUGUGCCUCCAUAUGGAUAGUUUCUUUGGUGGUCAAUUUAAUCCAGAACUGCCCGCGGUUUUGGCCUCUGGCUAUGGUUGGGGGUUUCGUGUGGGCUACGGGCAAUGUUACAGUUGUCCCUAUUAUUAAAACUAUUGGCUUAGCUCUUGGUCUUUUGAUAUGGGCUUCUUUUAAUUUGCUGACAGGUUGGGCAAGUUCAAGGUUUGGUUGGUUUGGAAUUGACCCAGAAGAGGUAUCAAGACCAAUCUUAAAUUAUAUUGGAGCUGGACUUUCACUAUUAAGUGCUGUCAUAUUUCUUUUUAUAAAAACUGAAGUCCAGAGUUCUUCAGCUUCAUUAGAAAGCACGCCUUUACUGAGAGAAAGAUCUAUUAAUGUUUCUGAAGAUAACUCUGAUGACUCAUGGGUGAAGAGACUUUCUCCAGCAAAAAAGAGACUCAUAGGAUGUAGCCUGGCUGUAGUAGCUGGAAUACUCUAUGGUUCCAGUUUUAUACCAGUACUUUACAUCAAGGACCAUGGAAGAAGAAAUGAAACUAUGUACACAGGAGCAAGUCAAUUUGAUUUAGAUUAUGUUUUUGCACACUUCAGUGGAAUAUUUCUUACAAGUACCAUCUACUUCUUAAUCUACUGUGCAGUCAGGAAAAAUAAACCUAAUGUUUAUCCCCAAGCCAUAUUGCCAGGAUUUGUUUCUGGUGUGCUUUGGGCAAUAGCCAAUUGCUGCUGGUUCAUAGCCAAUCACUAUCUCAGUGCAGUGGUCAGCUUUCCAAUAAUUACUGCAGGACUGAAAAACUACGUGUUACUCUCAGUAGCAUUUUGCAUCAUUUUGGCUGGAUCACUCUCCACGGCUUUUUCUAAAGUUUGAAAGGAUCUUCUGAACCAGUAGAUGGUGCUACUGUUUAAUAUAAUCAGAGAGACAAUAUUGGUAUAUCGCAAUACAUAAUAAUUUUCAAAAUGUAUGUCCAACUUGCUUCAGGCAAGUGGAAAAAAAAAAUAAAUCAAAAAAACCCAAAAAACAACGCUUUGCUAAAUGUUCCCAUUUGGCAUGAAAGAAAAUCUGGAAAUGUUUUGUUUCUGCAUUUCUUGGAAUAGUAAGAAUAUCAAAGGAUUUUAUUAAAUAAAGCUAAAUGAUUUUAUAGUUAGUAAUUUUUUUUUUCUGGUUCAGGUACUAAACUUCAUGUCAUCAUAAGUUACAGUUCACUGUUGUGGUGGUCGAUAAAGGGAUUUUAAUUCUACGACUUCAUGUAUUUGCAAGCUGAUUUGUUUUAUUAUAACAUUCUGUCGUACUUGAAUAUAAAAUACAUCUUGGAAUAUUCUUUAUGGAACUGAUACACAUGAAGAUGUGAAGCAUUUUUUUAUUUAGAAGCAUUAUUCUUUAAAGUCAUCAGUUUACAUAAAAACAUUAUCUUCCAAUUACUUCAGAAUCUUGAAGGAAAUAUAGAAAAAAAAGGUGCUGUAAAAUAAAUUACUUGUGUUUGCUGCUAAACUGUGCAAGAACGUUUAUGUAGAAAUCAGGACCAGGAUACAAAUAGUUGGGGAACUUUGGGGUUUUUUAUUUAGGUUGUAAGUAAACAUUACAUUUCUGCGUUGUAAUAGGAGCUAAGUAUGUGGUUCAAAGUUUGUUUCCAAAUAACUUUGGGCAUUUUCUGAAUACUUACUGUUCUUUUCUAUGUAGCAUAUUCAAAUCUUAAAAAUUAUGCAUGGUAGUAUUUGUUACAUUGAAGCAUCAUGCUAAAACUACCCAAUCAUUGUUCUACCCAAAGCAAGGUCCUCUAUAUGUAAAUCACUUCUGACAGUUGUUGCCUAAUUUGUUUCUUUAAAAAAAUAAAUAAAAGUAGGUUUCACAACAUUUUUAGGCAAACUAACCAGCUUCUAACUACCUGUCCUGCUAAAAAGCCCUAAUAUCCAGAGGAAAUUCCCUGUGAGGAAUGUUACGUCCACUGUUCCAUGACCACCACUGACAUGGAGAAUUGUUCUUCUUACUCAUCACAGCUAGCCUUUAUAUAUGCAAAGCAUGUUGUCUGAACCUCACUAGUAUUUUCUUCAGUAUAUUGGGCAACCCCAGCUCCUGCAGUCUUCCUUUUUCUGUAAUGUGCUCAUAAUUUUGCUUGGUCUUUCCUGAACUCUCACUAAGUAGACUAGAUCUGUCUAGAAAAACUAGGCAUGACAGUCAGACUACAGUCUUAAAAAAACCAAGAAAAGCAGCAGUAAGAUUUUUUUUUUCGUCCAAUUUGCAAGCUCUGUUUGUGAUUACACUUCAUAGUAUGACACUUUUUGCCAUCACGGCUUGAUAUUGAGAACGUGUUCAGAUUGCAGUCAUAAUUUCUCCUUUCUCCCUUCCACCCUUCUUUGUCUACUAUUUAUCAGAUUUGAUCUUAGAACUGUUACUUAGCCUGCUUUUUCCCAUCCCAUAUUGUUUAUUCCUACCCAAGUGUCAGAACUUGGUGUCUGACAGGUUUUUUCCCCCUUAAGGCAUUUCUCUAUUUUUGCUCUGUAUGUUAACCAUGUCCUCCAACAAGUUGGCAGCAUUUUCAAGCCAGAUGUCAUCUGCAAAUUUAAUAAACAUACUCUCUACUUAUUGUAAAUAAUUAUGAAAAUGCUGCAUGAUACUGGCCUUUACUUACUUUUUGGAAUCUAAUGUAAUUCUUUCACUCUGACAGGGAACAAUUGAUUACUCUUUUUGAGUACAAUUUCUCUCUGUCUUACAGUGGUUUUAUUUAGACUGCAUUCUUCCAGCUUUUAUGUUAUAUCUGAUGCAGCUGUUCAAGUCAAGACACAUGAUAUGUACCACCCUAAUACCUGAUAAUUGGAAAGAAAACUGAGUAGUCAGUCUGACAGGUCAGACACAAUUUCUUCUUGACAGAUCAUUGACUGUUACUUACCUAGCCAUUAUUCUGUUGACUCAGAUAAGGAAGAGUAAUUUGUUCACAUUUUUGAAAUAACUUGAAUUAAACUGGACAUUUAUAAUU